CAAAGCAAGCAAAAAAAGAAAAAAGGUCGUUUCUUUUUGUAAGAUCAACAAACCCCCCAUCUUCGGAUUCUGGAAACCCUAAGCCAUCCCGCCCGGAUCCGGUUCAGACAAACGGGUCGGAGACCGAUUUGAUCUGUAUUAUAAACUAGAUUCUUUUCUCAAAUGAAAAGUGUCAUAAAUCUACAAAAUUUCAAGUAGUUUGAGUCUUAAACUCAUCUGGAUCAAAUGUCGCGUUUUCCGCGUGGAUUCGUGGAGAAUUCAUCAUCAAAGGAAGAAACCAAAACCGCUCGUCGUCCAAGUAUAUGCUUCAGGCCAAUAAACCCUUGUGAUUUAGAACGUUUGGAGCAAAUCCAUCGAGAUAUAUUCCCAAUCAGGUAUGAAUCUGAGUUUUUUCAGAAUGUUGUCAACGGAGGUGAUAUCGUCUCUUGGGCUGCUGUUGAUCGGAGCCGCCCUGAUGGUCAUUCUGAGGAACUUAUCGGCUUUGUUACUGCCAAAAUCGCACUUGCUAAAGAAAGCGAAAUAUCAGAUCUAAUAAGAUAUGACUCGACCAAGGGAGAGGAGACAUUGGUGUACAUCCUAACACUUGGAGUUGUAGAAACAUACAGAAAACGCGGAAUAGCUAAGUUGCUUAUUAAUGAGGUUGUUAAAUACGCUUCUAGUAUCCCUGUGUGUCGUGGUGUUUACCUUCAUGUGAUUGCACACAACAAUCCUGCAAUCCGACUGUACAAAAGAAUGUCUUUCAGAUGUGUAAGGAGGUUACACGGAUUCUACUUGAUCAACGGCCAGCAUUUCGAUUCUUACCUGUUCGUCUACUUUAUCAACGGUUCUCGCUCUCCUUGCUCACCCUUGUAUGUACAAAAACACAAAGAUCUUGCGGUGUUGGCUCUGAAUUACAUGAGGAGUGGAAUCAAAUCAGUCGCAUCAAAGCUGACGAUAAACCAUGAAGAGAAAGGCUCGAAAUGGCUUAAAUCCAAAGACAACACGCGGUGUCUCUUACCCACUCAGACCAAACGAAACCUUGCAUCCGAAAGAGUAUCAUCCGGGUACGAUUAUGUUUAGUGUCUGUCUCCCAAUCUAUAGACUUUGUAAAAUCAUUCAUUUUCUAUGUCAUCCAUCCAUUAAGCUCUGGUUAUGAUCCUAAUGUCUGUGUGUGUGCUGUGUAGAAAUAAUUAUGUAAUAAAUUAAAAAUGUAGAUAUUGUGAUAGUUGAAGACACUUCUCUUUGGGACGGAGGGUUUCAUA